AUGCUGGGGAUGUGAACGAAGAACCUCUGCUGGAUCAGAGCAAAAAACCCAAACAUUUUAGCCCAGUUAUGUUGUUUUCGCAUGAUGGUCCUUCGGAAGAAUCUCUCCUCUGAAAUGGAUGCUGGUGUUCCAACUUCUAGGACUGCAAAAGCCAUUCUGGCCACCUUCUUCCUACUUGUCCAACUUUGUGAUGCCAACACUGUAUACGCAGAGAGAGGCUCUUCCCCAGAGUUGCCCUGCCCGUGUCCAUCUUGUUCUGAUCCUACACUAAUGUCCUGGUAUUGUGUCCAGCAAGGCCAAACAGCUUUACUCUUCCGCAAACUCCCCAACAACCAAAUAAAUCGUUUUCCAGCUGCCUGGAGCCGGCUCAAGAUGCUUCAGAAUAACUCGCUUCAGUUUCACGAUGUGAGGGAUAAUGACACAGGUCGCUACUGGUGUGACAUGAACCAUUUUUAUGAUCUCGUGGUGGUGAGAAGCAGUCAGCAAAGGUUGGAGUCCUACCAGACUGAUAGCACGUGCUACAUCUUGAGCUGUUUAUUCCCAUCCAAGGAAUUCUACAGGGAAGUGGUAACCUGGUGGGAAGGUGGAAAACAAAUCCUGGAUGUUGAUCAGAUGGGAAGACCCAGCAUAUUUAAGGGGAAAAGGGCCUCUCAACUCCACAUUUGUAUGAAAAAAGAGGCUUUGGAGAAAACCCCGAAGAAGCAUGUCAAAUGCCGCUUUGCUCGGAAGACCGAAAUCACGUUCAAGUUGAUGGAUAAUCAUCAUGACCGCUGUACUUGUAGUACUUUGAUGCCUUCUUUGCAGGAUACAAGGACAGUGAAAAAUAGUUUAUCGUCUCAGUGCUCAAAAGUCGAAAUAAACGGAGUGCCGUGGAUUCCACUGGCUGUUUGCAUUAUAUUGCAAUUUCUAAUCAUACUUACUCUGGUGGUAUUGUGGAGGAGAAGCUGUAGCCAGAGGUACACAGACCAUCUGAAGAAGCCCCGGAAAGAUAUCCCCCUAUCUGAAUACACACCACAGAUCUACGAGAAUAUUUAACCAGGACCAUCGCUGCUGUGACAAGGGAAAUAUUUUGGUUCUCACAGAGUCAAGCAACCUUGGACCAAACCCAGCAACUCUUGAGCAAUGUUACAUUUCCCAAGACCUAACCUUUUCCUGGCUUUUGUGUGUGCUUUUUAAUCCUGCCAGGCCUUUCAUAAUCCUCUGAUCAACCUGCCAGGAUUGUAGUUCCCAUCAUCUAUUAGUUAGGUUGGCCGGCAAAGAUAGGUUGAUUUAGCAUAUAGCACAUCAGGAAAGCACCAGAGAAGAUAGAUCAAAAAAACAAAGCCUUGGAUUCUGGGGGAUUUCCUCUGGUCUGAAUUAAAACAGCCUCCACCCAUCCUGAAAAACAAUAGAGGGAUGACAUACACUGUCUCCAUGGCUUAUUUGUCUCCUCCCUCGGUUUCAAGAUCAUCCAACACUUGUGAUUUUUCUCCAAGCAACAAUGGGUUUUAUGCAUUUUGAAGUUGCCUUUUUGGGAUAUCGAAAAGAGGAGGAAAGCACUAUUUCAAGAUCAAUACAGUUAAGGACUGUUUAAGUCGUAUUCAUGAGCUGGCGAAUAGAGAACAGGGUGGGCUGCAGCAGUGGUAGGAUUCAAUUAUUUUUUACUGCCAGUUCUGUCGGCGUGGCUUGGUGGGCGUGGCGUGGCUUGGU